AGCUCAAAAAUGAGCCCCCCCCCCCCCCCCCCGCCCCCCGAAAAGAAAGGAAAAACAAGGUAGGAGAAAGACUUGGCGAACUGGAAAGUAGAAAGCGAGGCGAGUGGGCGGGGUAGGGAGGAUUGUGCCCAGGCCAAUGAGUGAUGCCGGGACGGGUGACGUCACAGCCAAUGGACAGCCAGCGCGGGACUUUCAAUUAUCGCCCCGCCCGAUCGGAAGAAGACGGUGCCUAUAAAGAGUGCGGCGGCGGGCCGAGGCCCCGUUACUCUCGCUGCCGCUGCGCUGGUGAGUUGGUGUUUUGGUUCGCUAUGGCCCGUACAAAGCAGACCGCCCGCAAGUCGACCGGCGGCAAGGCCCCGCGGAAGCAGCUGGCCACCAAGGCGGCCCGCAAGAGCGCACCCGCCACGGGCGGCGUGAAGAAGCCGCACCGCUACCGGCCGGGCACCGUGGCCCUGCGGGAGAUCCGGCGCUACCAGAAGUCCACCGAGCUGCUGAUCCGCAAGCUGCCGUUCCAGCGGCUGGUGCGCGAGAUCGCGCAGGACUUCAAGACGGACCUGCGCUUCCAGAGCUCGGCCGUGAUGGCGCUGCAGGAGGCGAGCGAGGCCUACCUGGUGGGGCUGUUCGAGGACACGAACCUGUGCGCUAUCCACGCCAAGCGCGUCACCAUCAUGCCCAAGGACAUCCAGCUGGCUCGCCGCAUCCGCGGGGAGCGGGCUUAAAGUGCGCGCUCGGCUCGAGGUUCCAUCCCAUCCAAAGGCUCUUUUCAGAGCCACCCACGACGGCACCUGAAAGAAGCUGUGCCACUCGUCUUCGCUCUCUCCCGGCCGACGCUCUCCUACUCUACCACCUCCCCUGUACAAAGCAGACCCCCCCCCCCCCCCCGCGCGGAUGAGGCACCAGAACCGGGUAAAGCUGAGGGU